AUGAGCGAGAUGUCGCCGACUUCUAAUCAAGAGUCUGUCGGGGGAAGGCGCGGAACUAAACGACAGCGGAGGAGGUCCGAUGGCCUCUCACCACGGGAAGUUAUGCCGCUAACACAACAGCAAGCUCCUGAUCUCCAGACAGCGCCACCUGCGCUGUUGCCAGGGGUUCGCACUAGGCGUCUAGCGACAACAGGGCAAGAUCACCCUCAGCGCCGAGGACAGAAUGACCAGCUGCGGCGGUAUGAGCAGCGCACAAGUACCCAACGACGCUCCGUUCGUCGGCACCUGCAGUUGCGCCAGCGUCACUCGCCGGACACUGCGUCAGGAGCCUGCGAAACCGCAAGCAACCCAGUACCUAGUGAACCUAACACACAAGAAGGGCUCACGGAAGACGUUCAGUCGAGGCAGGUGGCUUCCACCAAUUUGUGCCACGAGGGACAAACAGCCAGGGCGUCGACCAGACAACGACGAAGAGCUGCCGGCUCACGUGGGCCCUGUGGCUGCACAAGAAGUUCAUCUUCCCCGAGGGAGCCAAUAGAUCCCGAGGGGUCAACUUGUGCUCUACGCACCAACUCUGGACUUUCUCAAAGCCCCUCAUCUUGGAUGUUGGGGGGCAGUACCAUGCCAGCACUGGAGAGGAUAUGGAUCGACGAGGAAGAAGAGGGCAAAGAGCUAUUAAAUUUACUAAGUAAAGCCCGUUCUGCUCUCCUUGAGCCCCUUUUCGAGGUCUCUGCCGGGCCUCAGCUAGACUGGACACCGUCAAGUAAUACCCGCCCAACAGGCAUACUGGGAUUCUCUGACGCUUCAGAGGAACCCAGUGUUUGGCUUAGUGACGCCAACGGAAGCAUCUCAUCCCUGCGGGUCUUCAGCGGUGCUGCUUAUCUGUCGCAAAAACAAAUAGCUACACUGUCUCAGGCCGCAUCUGGUGUGUCACCAUUGAUUGCACCUAACGGAAGCAUUGUUCAGAGCGCUAAGCGGUAA